GCGCUGCUCAGUCUUUGGGCAACAAGUGUCGGAAGCGGUUUGAUUCACGCGGUUUGUUUCCCCUGAAGCGAAACAAAAGUCGUCGCUCGCUUAUCUUGAACAUUGCGCGCGCGCAACAAUCAGCGCCAGCCACGCCACCACAUGGUUCCGGCCGACUCGCUUAUGUGGCUUGGACGCCGCGCGUAUUUGAGCAUUUAAAACACAGAACUUUUACGCAGCUUGGUGGCCAGUAUUUCCACGAUUCUCGACGCCUACGACAUAAUCGCGCAAAGUGCGGCUCGUGUGACGAGAGAGACAAAAACUUGUAUUUCGGCAGACAGACAGCGCAGCGGAACAGGAAUGUUCACCACCGGUUGAUUCUCGUUUUGUUCCGAAUUUAGUCUCGUGCUGUUUGUGAUUUUGUUUACGGAUGGAUGGCGUGUGUGUAAAAUUAGAAUCGUCCGCUCGAGAGGAACGCUGUAGACUGUAGAGUUUGCCAAUAAGCUUGCGCAGGCGGGGUUUUGAAGUGAUUUUGAUUUGACGAGAAACGAAGAGAAAAGUGCUGUGCAAUGUGGAAACAUACCGAACGCGAUCAAAGGGUUGUUGUGUGAUAUGGUGUAUAGUGUCGAACCGAAGCAAACCACAAUCGAGCAAAACAGCUGAUAGCAGUACCACUUGGUCGCGUACAUGCCCCACUAAAUCCCAUCCUAUGAAAUCGUUGUGGGGACGAGGCAGUAGCGGUUGAGGAUUGAGCUCCACAUGAUGAUGACUGCGAUUUCCAGAUGCGGCGUAUAACUCAAUUUACUCACCGAUCGGAGCUCGCCGCGUGCGGUUGAAGAAGAGUAGUGUGUCGCGUCGUUGAUGGUGAUGAACCGCAGGAACAACUCGUCGUCAACAUACAAUAUCGCCUCGCCAUAUCGUGUGAAUAUUGAUUAUGGUGUAAUAGAAAUCUACGCCGCGCCGAAUGUUUAUACAUGGUGAUCUAACAACCAUAGUGAAUGCGAUCGCUCUAAAGUGUUGAGUCUAGAAAUUUAAAGUGAAUGUGACGAAGAUGAUCGCAUAAGUUUCGAGAAGGAAGUCAUUCCCAAAAAGUGUCGACAACUGCGGAAGAAUUUGGUGAGAAUAGAAGAUAAUCGUUUCAAGUGAUCAUAUCGGUGUGGCACCAACGAUAAACCGGCUAAGAUAAGAUGGCAAUGAAAGAAUGGAUCUAUCGGAUGCAACCGGUGCAGUUGUACAUUGUGCUGGUGCUGUCGAUUUUGUACUUCUUGGUGCAGCUGUUCCUGAGCCAUAUCUCGCAUGCACUGGUGCUGCUCGUGGAUUCCUAUCACAUGCUGUGCAACAUCAUUGCCCUGACCGGAUGUAUCCUGACGAUCAAGCACAGCAAAAAGCAGUCGGAGGCGGAGCCAUGCAACCGGAAGCUACUGUCCGCUUCCCGCAACUCCAUCGACGCCUCUGCCAGUGAGGACCGCUUCAUCGAAGUACCGGUGUCACCAACCGGGGACAACUCGUCGUCCACCUCCGGCAGCGAGGUCCAAAAAGUCAAACCGACCGCCCCGGAAGAUGAGGCCACCAGUGUCAAGCAGAAGGUCAAAGCCAAAUCGCGCCAACAGCGCGAGAACAGCCUCAAGAACACAUUCGGCUGGACCCGAAUCGACGUCCUGACGAUGCUGGUGGUUUGCAUCUUCCUGGCGUCGUUCUGCUUCUCGGCCGUGGUGGAAGCCCUGCAGACCCUGUCGCACAUCCACCACCAGGACGCGAUGCACUAUCCGCUUCCGGUGCUGACACUCGGCGCCAUGGGAAUCAUACUGAACGGGUUCUGCUACCUGCUCAUCGGUGGCUACACGUACCACCAGGGUAGCUUCCUGUACAUCACAUCCAGCGGGACGGUAAUACUGGAUCGGGUCGUAACCGGCGACGGCAUUCGGAAGGGCGAGCGUCGGUUAUCGGGGUCACGGCGACACGUGGCCAGCGCCGCCGCUGGUAAUUCACCGAAGCGACAGAGCGUGCGAGAGCUGAUGAGAGAUAUUUGUAGUACAAUCUUCGUCAUUGUGUGCUCCACGAUCGUCCACUACACCAACGAAGAUGAAGAUACGUCCAAGUUUGUCGAUCCGCUGUGCUCGAUAAUGUCUUGCGUAGUUCUGAUGGUGCUGAGCUACCCCUACAUGAAAGAAUCUGGCAUGAUUCUCCUACAAACCAUCCCAAAUACGAUCGACAUAGAAAUAUUCGAACAGUCGCUGCUGAAGACGUUCCCGCACGUGGUGAGCGUUCACGACCUGCACAUCUGGCAGCUCAGUGGCGAGAAGUACGUCGCUACGGCACACAUCAUUUUUGAGGAUCAUAAGGUAUACCCGGAAAUCAACGACAUGGUGAUCAACUUCUUCCACGACCAAGGUAUCAGCAAGGUGACCAUCCAGCCAGAAUUCAAAACCAAGCUGCCGGAACUGCCCCUAUUAACAUCCCCAACCACCACGUCCUCCACACCCGCCAACACCUCCACUAGUUCGUGUCUGAUGCAGUGCCGUCAAGAGGCCUGUCUCCAGAAGCACUGCUGCGAAAGAAUCAUCAAGGACGAUGGUAAGAAAUCCUCUGCCACCAAAUCCAACUCCGCCUCCAAGGAAAAAAUCGAACAGAUCGCGAUGGAGGUCCACCCCCACCUGGAAGCUGGAACCAGUGGUGCGAAGGACAUCAUUCCCACUAUCACUCAAACCAUCAGCAGCCCCACGUUGGCCAUCGAAAACGAAGCUCAAGUCCCAGCCAACAACUCCACUAGUGCGGCGAUGUCUUCAAAGGGCGAUGAAACCCGCGAAGACACCGACAAGCAACGCUACUAGUUUGCGAAGUACAAAGAACCAAUAAGACUGACCGAAUCGGAAGUCAACACAGUCGAAGAAAAUCCGUUACGCUUAUUGUAGUUUCAAAGUGAGUUUUUAAGUUUUAACUGUUUCCUCGACAGGGAUUCUUCGUUAUUUUUUAACGACCAAAAAAGAAACGAUGAAAGAUAUUACAUCGAAGAUGGGCGAAGCGGAAGGAGAAGAACUCUGGAUCCUAACAAAGUAGCGUUAAGAUAUUGUAAAGGUAUUCCUAAUUUGUGUGAUCAAAGCCUUAAGCCAUAUGAUGGAGAGAAAACGAAAUGUUAAAAUGAGUGAGAUCAAUCCUACGAUCAUAUUGUGUCCUGAUAUUAAGGAACAGUUUUACGACUGUCACAAUGAACCAGUUUUUAUUUUAGAUGCUUUUAAAACAUUGUUAUGCAUUUCAACCGAUCAUUAGGCUUAGUGUUACAUAAUACCUAUAAUGUAAGAAAAAUAUUUGUUAAACUAAGCGAUGACGAAGAAAAUAAACGAAUUUAUUAAGUA